UCUGUUUCGUCUGUCAUAUUUUCAAUGUUCUGUUUAUUAUUUAGUGAAAUUAUAUAUUUGGAAAUAUUGUUUAAUAAGUGUGGAAAACACAAUUGAAUAAAUUUGCCAUUUAAAUAAAAUAAAGUGCAAAAUAGUAUCAAGUGUUAAAGGGUGCCCAUUGAACAUAUUUUAAUUUUGUAAUACUUCCAACUUAUUGUGACAAACACACACAUACAAAAUGCCCAAGGUAGUCUCAAGGAGUAUCGUAUGUUCUGAUACGAAGGAUCAAGAGGAAUAUAAUGAGACAAAACCACUGCACAUUUAUUACUGCUUAUGUGGUCAGAUGACCCUCAUAUUGGACUGUACCAUCGAUCGCCUACCAUUAAGACCCCUUGACGGAGCCAGAGUUAUCGACGGAUCGAAACACGCUCACAAAAUCACCUCGGAUCCUGACGAAACAAUAUACUUGAAACGUGAAGAUGGUAUUGAACGGCAAUAUCGGUUAAAAUGCAAGAAAUGUGCUGUACCUCUGUACUACAAACAUGUUCAGGACAAUAAUAUAGUGUUCAUUAUGAGAGAUGCUCUUGUCCAGUCAGCUGGUGAGGGUGGAGUUACGGAUAUUUAUAAACAAGUGGCCCUGACACAGCCAAAGAAGAUCAUGGUCACGAAACACACUAAGAAUAUGGGUAAAUUUAGUUCUGUAACAGUAUCAACAAUAGACGAGGAAGAAGAUGAAAUAGAGGCGAGAGAAGUGGCUGACAGUUAUGCAAACAACGCACGGAUUAUUGAGAAACAAUUGGAGAGAAAAGGAAUGAAUAAACGGCAAGCUGAAACACCAACUCAGCAAAUGGAAAAGAGAGUACGGGGAACUUUGAUUGAUAAAUAAAUUUUGUGUUAUCAA